UUUAGUAGUCUGUGGAAAGAAUUUAUCAAUAGGUACACCUACCUAUCAAUACAGUCAACAGUUUGAUUGUGAAAUUAAAUUAAAUCCAGAAAUCUUAUAAAAAAAUUGCCUAAACUGUGUUUGUAGUCUAAAACCAUGGUGUACGUUAAAGGAGAUGGUACGGUAGUUGAGCAAAGCCCCUUCAGCUUAUUUGGAUGGUUUUGGGGCAUUGUCAACUUCUUUUAUUUACUGGGCCAAACGCUGAUCAACCCAAACUAUAACAAGCAUGGGGACAAGUAUGUCAGAGACUUCAGGCCACCAGGCAGUGGGCCACCAAAACCACCUUCUCGGAAGUUUGGAGGCUUCGGACCUUCAGGAUCAGGUCCGUCUCCACCGCCCUGUGGUGGCUGCGGCUGCGGCUAAAGAACAUUGCCGAAACAUGCCAAGACCUUUUAACUGUACUAAAUAUUGCUUGUAUAGGUUAUAAAAUAAUGAUAGAUUGACAACUUGUUCAUGUAGGUGUUACCGACCAAACCCGAUUUCAGGAAAGACCCGUGGCCAAUGCCUCCCAGUGGGAGAUAAAACAAAGGAUAAACCAGUUCAGUAUAAGCCAAUCUAGUUGAUCCUCAUAUAAGGCCAUUCAUGUUUGUAUCAGGCAGCAGUGUAUAUAGUUUGACCUAGGCUAAACUGGUUCGUCCUAACGGGCUUAAGGCAAACAAGAUUUGGCUCUAUUAAUCAAUCGGCGAAGGCAGAAUUAGUUCUGCUAAGCAAUGACUAGAUAUUCGGAUAUCUGGUUUGGCUGGUAACAUAGGAACUCUUUGGAGCAUUACAGCUACACACAAAGGGUGAGUUGCACCAUUUAACUGUAACACCCCCCAUUGGUCAAAUCGCCGAUUUGACAACUGAAAAUGGUUCGGUUGUCGUUGUAGUUAACUGUUGCAACUAAACGUAACAGUUAUUUUAUUAAUCCAUUAUUAAAAGAUAAGAUACGUGGGAUUGGACAGCGAAUUUAAACCAAUUUAUCCAUUAGCAUUCUUGUAUUCAUUCAGUCAUUUAUUAGAAUAAGGGCCGAUUUGUCAGCCACCAGAUAAUCUUAAUCUGAGGAAUGUAUUUGGCGUUUUAACAGUUUUUGCAUAGAAAAUAUUCCUCAGAUAGUUGAUCACAGAUCGCAGUGUUUUUAUAGUUUUUGGACAAAAGAACUUUCUACAUUAAAUAAUGUACAGUAAGAGAGCGAUUUUCAAGUUCCAAGCCAUUGUCGAUAUGUCGAUAGGCUAUUUAGAUCUGAACAUUAAGUUUGAUUCGUUCUUUGUUUAUAUUUGUUUGGUUUGGAAAUAUUCAAUAAUGAAAAAACUGGCAACAAAUUACUGUUCCCACAUAGUUAAUAAUAUUCCAGUUAUAUUUGCUUAGCUUGUUAGCUUUAUUAUUUCAUAUUCUUGAUGAUUCCUACAUAUCGUUUAUUUCUAUAACCAUUUAUAUAAUGAAUUUUAUUUAAAUUUUGAAGUUUGGAGUUAUUUUAACUAGCUUUACUCAGAAUCUUUCUUUUCCAAUCUGUAUAAAAUAUUAAAUAUUAUAACCAGUAAACCACUAAUAACGGGUUUUUCCAUAUUUAUGUUGUGUUAAUAUUUUUACGCCAUUGCUAAGCAAUAAUUUGUAUUCGAUUUUUCAUACCUACAUGCAUUGUUCAUAAAAUCACAUGUACAGAAAUGUAAAUUAAAACAAAGUUUUUACGAUCAUUUACUUUAUUAUUCUUCAAUAAUUAUAUUUUAAAACGUCACACAGGUGUUUUAAAGCUAAAUAAAUAAUAUUAACUA